AUAGUGGAUGUUUUUAUAUACUUAGUAUUUGAAUACUAGAGAAUAUCGAUAUGAGAGAUUUCUUAGUAUAGUAGUUGAUAAUUUUAUUAGACGAUAGCAGGCAUAUGAGACAAAGGGUGCUGCAUCUUCCAAUCGGUCGGAAUGAACUGACGUAGCUUUUCCAACGUGCUCAGUGAACAGGAGCAAAAGAUCACUUGGGUAAAGAAGUGUUUCGAUUACGCAGCAAUGAAGCUUUACAUAUGUGAAGAUUCGGUGCAAACCUGCAAAUUGGACGCAGUUUUGCAGGAGACAAAGUAUCAAGUUGAGCGAGUCCAAUGUAAGGCCAAAGAAUCGCCUUUAAAGCGUUUGCCGGCGUUCGAAUUGGCAGACGGUGAUCAUUUAUUUUCCACAAAUGCCAUCUGUCGCUACUUGUGGGCUAAGGCGGGCAAAACCGUUGAUACUGAAGAUGAAUACUGGCUUUCGUAUGAAAGUUCGGUACUUUUGCCAUCUGUAGCAGGUAUUGUGCUAGGAAAGAAGAUUGCCUUAAGGCUCGAAGACUUCAACCCACCUCCUAAACAGGCGUCACUUGGGUACCUGGUCAUUUGCUCUGCAUUAAGCGCAUUGUCGACGGACGAAAAUUGUGCAGCGCUGCUCAGUUCGAUAUCAUUCUAUGCCAAAUUUGCAUCAGAUUUUGCCAACAUUAUCCCGAAAUCGAUCGCCUUGGAGAGUUUGUUAAACCUUUACACGGAGCAAAUUCAGGUGACUAAGCAGAGCCAGAGUUGCUCAGAUGAGCAACACAUUAAACUAACUCAUGAGUUUAUCGAUAAAGCCGUGACGUUAUGGAAAGACAAGGUUGGUGGAAAUCCGCUAACAGAAAAGACAGCUCCAAUUCUCCCGGAGAAAGGGAAGCGUAAUAUGCUAAUCACCGCUGCUUUGCCAUACAUAAACAAUGUGCCUCAUUUAGGCAAUAUUGUUAGUAGCGUUUUGAGUGCGGACGUAUUUGCUCGUUUCUGUCGUAUGCGUGGCUAUAAUACGUUAUUUAUUGGUGGAACGGAUGAGUACGGCACAGCUACAGAGACCAAAGCACUUGAAUUGAAAUGCACACCCAGGGAGCUUUGCGAUAAGUACCACACUAUCCAUAAAGACAUAUAUAAAUGGUUUAAUAUUGAGUUCGAUUACUUUGGUCGUACGUCUACAUUAAAGCAGACCGAAAUGGCGCAAGCUGUUUUCAAUAAGCUACAUGAAAAUGGCUACCUGAGUGCAGAUUCUGUCGAACAACUCUAUUGCGAAGAAUGCCCGCGUUUUUUGGCAGACCGCUUCGUCGAAGGAGCCUGCCCUUUUUGCGCCUAUGAGGAUGCCCGGGGAGAUCAGUGUGACAAGUGUUCUAAACUCAUUAACGCAAUAGAACUCAAGCACCCUAAAUGUAAGCUCUGUAAGAGUACGCCAAUCAUCAAGGCAUCGCAGCAUCUAUUCCUUGACAUGCCCAAGAUCGACUCGGCUUUCCGCGAGUGGCUAGAUGUGAGUAUUAAGACUGGCCAGUGGACACAAACCGCUAAGGUGAUUACGAAUUCCUGGCUACGAGAGGGACUCAGGCCUCGCUGUAUAACCCGAGACCUGAAAUGGGGCGUACCUGUGCCCAUACAAGGUUAUGAAAAUAAGGUGUUCUAUGUUUGGUUUGAUGCUCCUAUCGGCUAUUUGUCAAUUACGUCUUCCUAUACAGACCAGUGGGAAAAAUGGUGGAAAAAUCCUGAAGAGGUAGAGCUAUCGCAGUUUAUGGGCAAGGACAAUGUACCUUUCCAUGCGAUUAUUUUUCCUAUGUGCCUAAUUGGCACUGGAGAGAAUUUUACAAAAGUAAACAACGUCGUCGCCACAGAGUACCUGAACUACGAAAACACUAAAUUUUCUAAAUCACGUGGAGUUGGCGUGUUUGGUACGGACGCAAAAGAAACCGGAAUAGUGUCCGAUGUCUGGCGUUUCUAUAUGAUGUACCUUCGACCCGAGUCUCAAGACACGGCAUUCAGCUGGGCAGAUUUGCAAACCAAAAACAACUCAGAACUUCUUAACAACCUUGGGAACUUCGUAAAUCGUUGCCUCACAUUCAUUGGUAACAACUUCGCUGGCCAGGUACCUUCGUUCGUCGGCGACCUUCUUGAAGAGGAUAAGAUGGUCAUUGCUCAGGUUGCGCAGUUCUACCAUGACUUCCUGCAAAAACUUGAGCACAAUCAUAUCCGUGACGCGUUACGCUCGCUUCUGAUGAUCUCGAAAAUGGGUAACCAGUACAUCCAAUCAACUAGACCAUGGGAGCUCGUGAAAACGGCUGACACAAGGGCGCGUUGUGGGAACACUCUGUACAUAGGUGUGCAGAUCUGCGCACUUAUUGCUGGCUGCUUAGAGCCAUUCAUGCCGGACACCGCCAAAGAACUACGGCACCAGCUCAACAUUACAAAGCUCCAACUGGACGAUCAAUUCCGACCAUUAGUGGCUGCUGGUCAUAAGAUAAACAAGGCGACACCGCUGUUCAAAAAAAUUGACACUGAUGUCAUCGAAGAGUUCCGUAAAAAAUAUGCCGGCGACCAACAGGGGCGUACCCAGCUGGUGAAAGACUCUACCGAAUUGAAGACAAAGCUCAAGAAGCAAGAAGACAAGCUUCGAACGUUAAAGGCUGCCAAAGCUGAUCGGCAAUUAAUUAUCAGGGAGACGAACGUACUUUUCGAUAUGAAGAAACUGUUGGAAGUCUCGCAGAUCGCAGAGGCUUCAUCUGUAAUUGGCAGUGACCAGGCUUUGUUCCUUACGGCAGCUGAGUUUGAAACCAGAGUAAAGGAACAGGGAGACAAGGUAAGAGCAUUGAAAACAAACAAAGCUGAGAAAGAAAUUAUCAGCAAAGAGGUAGACGUCCUUCUUUCGUUGAAGAAACAACUAGAAGCUGCACGUAUACUCGAUGGAUUUCAGGCGCCUAACUAUAAGGGUGACGCUAUUAGCAGUCCCGAAGAAAUCCAAAAAAAAGUCACUGCACAGGGUGACAAGGUUCGCAGACUAAAAGCCGACAACGCCGAAAAAGUUGUUAUUGACAAGGAAGUUACGAUCCUUCUUGAGUUGAAGAGGCAACUUGCAAUGGCCAAAGGAGAAUCUCCUACUACUAGUAGAACCACUACUACUAAUAAUAACAACAAAGACAGUAAAGAAAAGUAAUAUUCUAGUUAUGCGGCUGAAAGCAUACCUUCAGCUUUUCUGAUGAUGUAAUUUAAGGAUAGCUUAUUUAUGCAAAAAGAUCCUUGGAAAUUUUUGAAUGAUUGUGUUCUAGUAAUAUUAAAUAAUAAAUCUAAGUGAGCUAAUGUAAAGAACUCUGUUCGGCUUUGUUGUUGUUAAUUCUGAAAAUUUGAUAACUCACUAGUUUGAUAUAUCAGUAACUCGUAAUCUAAUUAGACUUCUUAAACGCAAUAUCUCUAGUAAUGUUUAGUCUUACGGAGCUUGAAUUUCUAUUUUAGUUUAAUUAAACUGAUCUUAAAAGUUUAUUUCGCAAUUUUUAGACGCUUUCGUUUUCCAUACUCUCGUAGCCAGUAUUCCACGGAAGGCGGACGGAGUGAAUAUGUUCAUGCUUGAAAAGUUAUUAAUGCGUUUUUCUUACAACAGAAAAAUAGGAUUUCCAAAACGCAACAGGUAAUUGUGUGAUAACAACGGGUUCUAGCAAAUAUGCUCUAGCUAUAAAUAUUGGCCAUAAGGAGCGUUUGCUUUCAGCUACAAAGCCAUCUUGUAACAAUCCUCCAGCUGCCAUCAUCGAGCGACGUGUUCGUUGACCAUGGAGCGGCAUUUCGAGAAAGCAAUAAUUGUAAUAAAACAUGGGCGACCGAGGCCUUCCCCUCAUAUAUGUAAUCUGCGGAAAACUGUCUAAUAGUGAAUAUGCGCUUUUUAUGUGAAUGACGGUGUGUCGAUGAAUGUGGUGUGACUCAGAAGCUUAGCAGAAGAUCGAACCUAUUUGAAUUGGCACGAGAUGACCAAAUUUGGUUAAAUCAUAAAGAAGACAAAGCACAAUGUUUCCGCGCAAAAGUUUUUCUAACUCAAAAAAAUAUGUUAUCGCUAUGUAUAAUAAGUGUUUUUGGAUGAUUUUUACCAUCUUCUAAUCAAAUUGUUCGGGACUUUGAUUUACUUUACAUACUGACAUACUCAGUAUUUAUAUAUAAAGAAAAAGAAAUAAUAUAUAUUUCUAUAUUUUGCACCAUGUUUUUAUUAUCUUAUCAUCAUGUGCGUAUUUUUAUAUAUGACUGUACACCCGCAAUGAAUCGUAGAAAAAUACACCAAAUCGGACAUCUAAAUAAUAUAAUCGUUUCUGCUUUUGGGAAAGGCUGUUUUCGUGAAUCCGACGGCUACAUUAGCUUGAUGCAUUUAAGCUAUUAAAGUGGUAAAUUAGAUUAUUCGUCAUAGACAGAUUUUAUUGGCAGUUAAAUUGUCGUUACUUAUUUUUUGUUCGUUAUCAUCAGGAUGGCCUUUCGCUCAGUAUACAUUUGUCGUGUAUACUACACCAUUCUAGUACGUAUAUAGUCAAGGGUUGUUUAGUUAUUCAAUUUAUUUCAUUUACAAGUCAUGUUUACUUACAUUAAAGAUUAUAUUUUACAAAAAGGUCAAGUUAUGAACAGUGUCCAGGCAAGAGUACACGCAAGCUAUAGAAAAGGGAAUGAUUACGUUAGCAUUUAUUAAAGAAUUAAUGUACCUAAAAAAGGUGAAUUUAUUUUUUAAACGUGAAUGUAGAAUUGAUACAUUCGUGUGGCUGUUAACGUGUCGGCUAUAUGCGCCGGAAAUGAAGACGAUUUUCUUUUUUCAUUAACUACGUAUUCUGAAUGAUUUACAUUUUUUAGACAAUACAAAACGAGAAAGAUCUCUUUAAAGUGCUUUUAAUUAUAAGAUAUUUUAAGAUAAACUGCCAGUGAAAGGAUUCAAAACCUACGAUUCAGUUCAGUGAUUCAAGAUCGUCUAACGGGAGGCAACAGUAGUGUCAAAGAGCUUCGGAAACAUCAAAAAGGUGAUAAAUCGAAAACAGGGUUGCCUUAUCAUGCAGCAGUGUUUCUUCUCAAAUGACUUACUCAAAGCCAAAAACACUGGCAUACACAUAAGCUUACAAAAGCAACACAUAAGAAGACAUGCUGACCUAAUUGCUGGACAAAUCUAUUGUUGAAAAACCUAAAGAUUCAAUAUAGAUAGACAUGCAAAAAUAAUAGUCGAAAAUUAUGAAGACCUUAUUAAAAGGGUAUCAAUAAUACAGUUUUCUUUUUGUAGGAAAGACGAAAGAAGACAAAAUGUCGAUUGUAAUGCGACAGAUAAAAUGACUAUCAUCAAACCUUGUAAGUUUAUCACCGCACAAACACCAUCGUCAGAAUAUCCAUGGGAAGAUGAUAUAACACACAAGAUCGCACCACGAUCGUCAUAGUCAGCGUGGUGCAAAGCUAUAAUUUGAUUAUUCUGCCAUGGAUAAAUGUUAAUCCGCCCAACAACAGCUAUGAGUACUCUUAAUACUAGCCUGAACCAUUCUAGUUUGGUUUACCGAUUUAUCAUAGUUUUAUUAGCUAAAAAUAUAUAGUCUUUGACAGUUUGUGUACGUCGACGCUAAUGAUAUUGCCCUGCUUCGAUUAGUGACAAUAUUCAAUAGCUGUUUUUCACACAACGGUUCCAGUUGAAGGCAAUAGGUCAGCAAAGAUCGCGGGGACAGACAUCAGCGUCAAUAAAUGUAGUAAAAUCUUAUCGGACUCCGUCGAACAGGCAUGGAUCAAUUGUAUAAGGACAAUUCCUAUAUAUGAAUAUGGUGAUAUUGCCGUCGCGAUGCUGGUCAAUGCUAUUCUUCGAAUGUUGUUGUAAACAAUAUCGUAUUUUAAGGAAAAAAGAGUGUUGCCCUUUUGUCUAAUAUAUAGCGAAUACGAUUGAUGCUUGUUUCAGCCGUAUUCGUUCAAAGUUGCCAAAUACAAAAAUUUCACGUUCGCAAUCCAUUCGACAACAGAGGCUUCUUCGAGGCUCCGACAGGAUUACGUUGGUAUCUAUUCUCAGACCUUAAAUAAUAUAUCUUGAGGCUGUAAGACCCCUAUUGAUCUGUCCAGACGACCGAGUUGUUAUUGAUAUAAAACAAUUUAUAGAGGUAUUGGCUGAAAGUGCCGAUGGCUAAUCAACAUAAAGGCAAUAGAAAACCAAAAACAACUCAAACGAUUCGAUCCGCUGCUGAUUAUUAGCAACCUGUACGAGAACUUUUCGUAGCUCAUAAGCAGUACCGAUUUGAUCUGUUUUAAUUUUCAAAUAAUCGUUACAUAUAAGUAGAUCGGAACACAACUUCAUAUUAAUACUUCCAUAUUCACAAUAGCUAAUUUAAUGCGGAAUGAUGAAUGGUAUCGAGUUUACAUUGUUCACAGCAAUCUUAUUUUAGUCGCAAUAGUAGUAGGCAGAUCUUCGAGUAAUAAACUGAUGUUUCAUAGAAAUAAACCGUUUUAGGCGUUAUGUCGUUGCUUUGUCGUUUUCUUAUUUUUAUUAUUACGGUAGAUACACGGUGGCAUUACCUCGACUUUUUGUAAGUCUAUCGUUAUUCUUCGUGUGAUCAGACCUUCAGAAUGUGCGUAAUGGGCAGGGGGACGACGGCACUCGGGGGCAAGACUGGUAGAGGCUACUGUAGAAAAUUAUGGCUUUCUUGCCGAAAAGAUACCGUAUAGAUCGGUGAAAAAAGUAGUCAGGCGCUCGUCAACAAAAAUGGGGGUCUUAUGCUGGCAUAAACGUGAAUGUUACCCAUGUAGGUGUGUAGUUUGUGUACAUUUUUUUUAUAUAGGCGUCGCCGCAUUCAGCGGAGGUGCGAGCCUUUGUCCACGAAAUUCCUUGAACGAGUGAGAUAGUUAGUGAAGUGGAGAGUACGCGGUAGAAGUCUCGCGAAUCUUUCGGUAAAGGGAUGUUAACGAAAAAAAAUUUGUUUUUAUUUUUGACUAGUACUGUGAUCUGCAACGGAUUCUUAACAAGCCACUGUACCUUUUGACGAUUUUGUUUUUUCAGACAUGAAUUUAAUUAGCUCUGUAUCAUGUAAAUUUAUGGUGGUAGAAAAAAUAGUUUCGUUGCGAAGGUUACGUUCAUCAUAUGCGUUUUCCGCCUCACGGGUGAACAGUCUUACUUUACAACUCAUACAACGCGGUACUCGCUCUUUGGCGCGUCCUGUUAUUGUUUCCAGUUAGCCACGAUCCACAAUCUUCCUGCACGCCGCUUAGUUAGUGCUUCGAAACCAGACAAGCCUAAGUGGUGAUUGCCAGCGUUUUUUUUGUUUUCAGGAGAUAGCUUUCUUUUUUUCGUUUAUCACUGGUUUUCAUUUGCACUCGUUUUAGCCCUAGUCAUUCAUCGACGCUCCUCAUUGUUCAAUAGUUGUUUUGCCACCUUUUGCAUCGUCUGUCGUGUCUGUCUGUAGAGUCCGAUUAACAAAAGUGUCUAUGUUCACUUUAUUGAAAGAAAUAAAGGGAAGUUUAAUACAAAUACCUAUGUUAUGUCAAUAAAAGCACAAACAUCAAUGUUUAAUAACAGUUCUUUCGCUCCGACACCUCAUAUGCGCCACUUCAUACACUCCACUGUAAUAUAGUAUUUUCAUUUAAUAUUCGCCAAGAACUAUUUGUUACUAUGCAGGGAAAUUCUAAAUGUCGAUUCGUUGCUCAAUUUUCAGUAAUCUCUUUGAUAGAAUUAAGUGUGCGUGCGUUUGUCUGGCGUUUAGCGCUCCAGGAGUAAUCCCAAAUUGAAAGAUAUAUAUAGGUGAUGAACGUUGUAUCCAGUGACGCAAUUAAAUAGCAGCAAUAAAUAACUUGAAAUUUUCAGUUAUUCGCAUAAAUUUAUGCCGGAAGAGUUUUUUUUGCUGUCUCAACGCGAUUGCGUA